AUGGUGACCCCGCGGUUCGCGCGGCAGGUGGUGCUCGGCCGGUGGUUCAUGGUGUUCUCCGCCGUGAUGAUCCUGUCGGCGUCAGGCGCGACGUUUAUCUUCGGCAUGUACUCCAAGGUGCUCAAGACGUCGCUGGGCUACGACCAGCGCACGCUCAACACGCUCGCCUUCUUCAAGGACCUGGGCUACAACGUUGGCAUCCUCGCGGGGCUCAUCAACGAGGUCACGCCGCCGUGGGUCGGUCUCUCCAUCGGCGCGGCGCUGAAUCUGUUCGGCUACCUCAUGAUCUACCUCGCCGUCGACGGCCGCACCGCGCGCCCGCCGGUCUGGCUCAUGUGCAUCUACAUCUGCGUUGGCGCCAACUCGCAGUCCUUCACCAACACCUGCGCCCUCGUCACCUGCGUCAAGAACUUCCCGGAGAGCCGCGGCAUCACCCUUGGCCUGCUCAAGAGCUUCACCGGCCUCAGUGGUGCCAUCUUCGCGCAGCUCUACCUCGCCAUCUAUGGCGAUAACGCCAAAUCGCUCGUGCUCCUCAUCGCCUGGCUCCCCGUCACCGUCUCCAUCCUCUUUGGCCACGCCGUCCGCAUCAUGCCGCAUCCACGCAAUAGCUCCACCUCCACCGCAACCACCAACAGCGCCUUCUACCGGUUCCUCUACAUUUCCAUCGCUCUGGCCGGUUUCCUUCUUGUUAUGAUCGUCGUGCAGCAGCGGAUCAACUUCUCACACGCAGCCUAUGCCGUGUCCGGCGCCGCCGUGCUCCUCCUCCUCUUCCUGCCCCUCACCGUCGUCGUCAAGCAGGAGUACAUGAUCCUGAAUGAGCUUGAAGAAUCUCUCCAGGAGCCCCCAACACUGACCAUCGAGGAACCAGCCGCCCUGCAGAUGGUAGAACAAGAACAACAAAAUGCCACCGUCGAAAAAGAUGCAGAGCUCCCACAACAGCAGCUGGCAUCGUCGUCUUCGAGCCUCCGCUCGUGCUUGAAGCACAUGUUUACGCCGCCGCCGCGGGGGGAGGACUACACCAUCCUGCAGGCUCUGGUGAGCGUCGACAUGCUGCUGCUGUUCAUGGCGACCAUCUGCGGCGCCGGCGGCACGCUGACGGCGAUCGACAACAUGGGGCAGAUCGGGCAGUCGCUCGGGUACCCCGCCAAGACGAUCAACACCUUCGUCUCCCUCAUCAGCAUCUGGAACUAUGCCGGCCGCAUCGUUUCCGGGUUCACAUCCGAGAUCCUGCUCUCACGCUACAAGUUUCCGCGGACGCUUAUGGUCACGAUGGUGCUCCUCCUCUCCUGCGUCGGCCACCUCCUCAUCGCCUUCGGCGUGCCGCAAUCACUCUACCUGGCGUCUGUGCUCGUCGGAUUCUGCUUCGGCGCGCUGUGGCCACUGGUCUAUGCCAUCAUCUCCGAGAUUUUUGGGCUCAAGUACUACUCCACGCUCUACAACUUCGGCACCGUGGCGAGCCCCAUCGGCGCCUAUUUGCUCAACGUGCGCGUUUCCGGGUACUUCUACGACGUCGAAGCUGCGAAGCAGCACGGCGGAACCUUGGCCGGCGUCGACAAGACGUGCAUGGGCGUGGAGUGCUUCAAGAAGUCGUUCUUGAUUGUCACGGGUGUCACGGUGCUUGGCAUGGUCGUGUCCCUGGUACUGGUGUGGAGAACAAGAAAAUUCUACAAGGGAGACAUCUACGCAAGGUUCAGGGACAAUGCCAGCGCCAAGGUUCUUCCGGCUGGCAUUUCCAUCGCUUCUGAGGGACAGCCACGGAAGGAGGCGGAGUAA